GCUACAAGAUGCCUUUAAAGAAAACCUUCUCCCUCAGAGUGACAUUAAAAGACUGAUGUCUGAAACAUAUUAUGCCCAGCGCAUCACUCUGAAUAGUGAGGAAAAUAUUAUCAAAGUCCUGGAAGAAUGGCCUUACCUCUUCGACACCACCCAUCUGCUCGACCACACAGAGAAACUAAUGGGAUUUCCUGUCCAAACCAAAUUGCUGAACCAAAUUCAGGAGAAGGGCGAGAUCAUCACUGAGUUUCUUGGUAGCAAGGGAAUCACAGGAGUUACUACAGACCCAUUGAAACUCCUCCAGGGUCUAGUGAAGUACCUCUCAGAGGAGCAAAAGGUGCUUUUAAUAAAUGAAGAAGAUGCCUUAGCAGGGCUGCCAAGCACCCCGUGCAUCAUAGUUAUGGAUGAAGGAAGAUACAAGAUGUCAGUGGAUGAAGUCCCAGUUAACAUAAUCGGCUGUCCACUAGUUGCUGUGAGCUAUAUGUUCAGCCUGUAUUAUGUGCUGAAUAUAAAGUAUCCAACGGGAGCAGCCCUGACUCUGGAGUUCAUCCAGAGGUGCCUGCUGGGGAUAAACCCAGAACGGGGCACGAAAGCAGAAAAGCGGGGGAAACAGUACAACGUCCCUCCAAAACUGCUUCGAUUCCUGUCGGACCUUAAUGACUUCAAGAAUCCGUGGAAGAUUUAAAGCAGAAGAAGCAUCUCAAACAGAGAAAGGAGAGUGAUGUGU